UGCAUCCGCUUGACGGUACCCUGUGAACGUCGCUUCUCCGUUCGCCAGAUCCGGUUCGGCGCUGACGACGAGUUCGCGCCAUUCGAAAAGAUCGAUAACACGCACGCGUGCGUGCGUGCGUGCGUGCGUGAGUGCGUGCGUGCAUGCGUGCGUGCGAGCGUGCAUACAUGCGUGCGUGCAUGCGUGCGCGUUUGCGAAAUACCAGUCGCGAUUGGUGCGGCUUCGGCUCGUAGCUCGUAGGUGCGCGGGUGUUGGCUAUCGAUCCCGCUUGUCCCGCUUUCCUCGCGCGUUCAUUGGCGCCUACGGUCGCCGCCACUGCCGCCCGGUGCAUCGUACGGUACGGGCCGCGAGUACGACUACUUGACUCCGCUCGCGAUCGGUGUAGUGUGCUGUGCCUUAUUACAACGAACGAACGAACCAGUUGCACCACCCUGUGAUUUUCCAUCGGGUGGCGAGUCCGUCGGCGAGCGAGAGAGAUUUUCUUUUUUGAUCUACUCUGAUCUGAUCUGAUGCCAACGGUUCUGUGAAAUCAUCGAAGGAUGCUGGACGCUCGUGGCGACAGCAUGUCGGCGCUUUAAUUUUCUUCGUCCUUCAUGGGCAAGUGUACCAUGUUCUUCUGACCGACGACGUCUUAUCCUACCGGAAAGCUAAGGGAAACGAAAUAUCAUGGCAUUCUACGACGUGGGAACGGGCGACCUCAGGGAACUGUGGGAGUCCUAUUUGUCUGAGCCGAUGCUCUGUCAAGAUGUCCUAAUGGGUACCAAAGAGGAGGAAUGGGGCAACGUUCUGUGCCUGAGGGAUAGCGUAGUCCUCAGAGACCGACUAAUGACGGACGCAGCUCUUGGUGGACCACGGCCGAUAAAAUCCGAGCACAGUUACAGCCUCUUGGCUCCCAGCCCUCCUCCAAGCCCGGCGACGCCAGGGGUUAAUCCUCACACGCCCAAUUCAGAUUCGUCCUCCGGCGCGGUUGGUUCCACCGCAGCAAACACUAAUUCCUCCAUGGAUUUCGCCAAUUUGGACCACAAGUCUCUCGAUAUUCGCAGGAUCGAUGCUUCUUUUAUUUCAGACAUGGAGGCAGAAUGUUUUCCGACUAUUUCGAUGAAUAGCACCUCGAGUCGUGCCGAAUCGUCAUCGUCGCCUCUUACAUCAUCAUCUACCUCGACUGUAAUCCUCAAAAGGGACAACCUAGUACCUGAAGACAACGAAUAUCCCGAAAUCAAAGGGGAACCUAUCAGCGCGCCGGCCAGUCCUUGCCAAUCAAGCUGCAACAUGGUCGACGAUAAGAGCACAAUAACAAUGGUGUCACCACAGAGUCUUCAGUUUCCCAAAACUCAAUUGUCUCACACGAGUGAUAGCGAGGAGGAUGACGAAGAGUACUAUCAGAGCAUCGAGGUCGAAGAGUACGAUAUGAUUUGUGAAGGGAAAGAGGCAACCUUGCGUUCCUCGAGACAGGGGUUGCCGCCGACGCCGCCCAGCAGUGCAAGCUCCGACAGCGAGGGUACCGCUUCCGCUUCCUGCUCGCCGGAACGCCGAGAUUCCCAGACCUCUACGCACGUGCAAAAUCUCAGGGGCUUACUGGCGCCGCGGCUUUACGUCACCAAUGGCACUCACACCACCAGGCAGCCCAUUCAUACACCCCUGAUCUCCUGUCAGCCGAAGGGAUCGACGGGCGUGUUGACUUUGACGGAGGAAGAAAAGAGAACCCUGAUAGCCGAAGGAUAUCCCGUGCCCACAAAGCUACCUCUGACGAAACAAGAGGAGAAAUCCUUGAAGAAAGUACGAAGGAAAAUCAAGAACAAGAUAUCUGCGCAAGAAUCGCGGAGAAAGAAGAAGGAAUACAUGGACGGCCUAGAGAGGCGAGUCACCAUGUUGAUAAACGAGAACUCCUCGUACAGGGAAAGGCUAAGUUCCCUGGAAGACACGAAUCGCGAGUUAUUAAAGGAGUUGCAACGUCUUCAGGCCUUGCUGCAACUGCAGCAGACUUAGAUUCAUUUAUCUCUAUCUGGGAACGGUCUAAUUCUGCUUAGCAUCUCGUCAGAUCAGAUUUCGGAUUGCACUUACAUUAAUUAAUCUUUUCAAGAAUUUAUAUCAUGCCCGACGAACAUAGCGAAACGUGCAAAAUCAUCGACAAACAUUAAUUAUCUAAGCUAAUUUUGCGCUAUUCUGAAAAUUUUGGAUAUCGAAAUCUUUCACGAACCGCUGACGCGGAUUCGUCCGUUCCCGUCGAGUCGCUCUUCCAAAUGUUUAUCCGUGCAAAUGUUUAUUCGUUAGUAACGAGAGUCUUCUUUACGAGAGAUAAAGAGAAUUAGAGAGUCGAUGCGUUCUUAUUGCUAAGUCACACAGAUCAGAUUUAAAGGAAAUAUAUUUUUAAGGGUUAGUGCAAUUUCUUUACAUUCCUAGAAUGUCUUCCUCGUAUGCGUGACGCAGCGUGACGAAGCGACUUCUUACGGCGUGAUCCACGUGACUGAAGAUGUACCACGAGCGCCGAGUGCCGCAAAUUGCUUCAAUUCUUCCUGGCGACCGUUUAUGGUCCGACAUCAAUGUAGUACAUGCGUCAUUACAUUAUUUAGAUUAAUUUUCGCCAGGAGUGCCUUCGUGAGUUCAUUUCCAUGUUCCGUUCAAGCUGCAUUGCAAGCGAAUCGGGAAAUGCAUAAACAGCUAAUUUAUUUCUCGAGUUUGUAUCUUUACUCGUGCAUUUCGGCGCAUGAAUUUUCCAAUUCCAGAGCGAGAGAAAUGACGAAGGAUUCUCGCUCUAUUCCCGCUCCUUUGCGAAAAGACGUGCGCUUAUGAAUUGACCUCUUUCGAUUACUCGCUGUGCUUACACCACGAAGACGGCGUGACGACGUCUUAAACCGCUCGGGAUCCGAAGAAGCAUUUUCGAGAUCCAGCGUACAGCGAUAUAUAAGUCCAGUUUCGCCAAUGGAUUUGCAUCAGUGAAACUUGUGCGCGCGUGUAGAUAUACACGCGGUAUAUGUAAGAAAUAUAAUAUAUAUUUUAUAAUUAAGAAGAGUAAUGAAAGUUACGAUUAUAUUAUUGCUACGCAGAAAUCUCUCAGAGUGAAAGUACUCGAUCCGAUCGGCGGGGUAGUUUUGCAUUUACGUUUUACCGACGAGGAGCUGUUUAGUUGUAUGGAUUUAAAUUAUCAUCGCGGAUCGAUUGGAAAGAAUCGAAGACGACGAAGCGGUAUUUCGCCUAGGGCAAUUGUUCAUUUGCACGAGGACGCUUACGGUUGUUAACCGGCCGCAAAAUGAUCGAUCAUGUACAACGACGAUGAUUCGUUAACACGUUAUAUUUGAAGCGCGCGAUACGAAGUUACGUUUGUAAGAUGUAAGUUUAUGAGUGUAAGUUUAGGGUACGCUUUGCUCGUCCACGAUGUGUCGCCUAGUGUCGGCAUUGCAUUUGCAAGUCUAUUCGGAAGUCGAUUGAGCGAGCGGCAGCCGGAUCCUUAUCGUCAUUACAUAAUAUAAGCAUAAACGUCGUUUUUGUAAUUGUUCUCAAUCUGUACCGUAAUUGGGAAAUAAUUUCGAUCGAGCCGACUGAUAGCGAAACAUCAUCGUACACGAGGAGCCAUUCAAUUCGCGUUAUCAUCGUUAUCCAACACAUUCGAUCUCGCGAUUCCGUUUCGAAGUGAUCGUUCCCAUCGUGAUUUCCGUCGCUCGAUUAGCACAGGAUCUACGAUAGCGAAGCGCUAUCGCGCGUUGAUUACUUACCGGAAUACCGCAUGAAAGCCGUGGAAAGGGACCAAUGUGCGCGAGAUAGAGUGCGCGGGCUUUUCCUUCCUUUUUCUCUCUCUUUCUUUCACUUUUCACAUAAUUGCCAAAUAAGUAGAAUUUAGUUUCACGUAGCGCGUCCAAGAGAUGGUACUUGUAUUAAAUCAUCGUAAAUACCUCGCACGAGUGUCUGCAGAGCGAAUCGUGAUUCAUCAUCGUAUUAAUAUUGUAUCAUUUAAACGCGAUCUAACAUCUUAACAUGAUUUUUCUAUCGUACAAUAAACCUCAAAAUAUGCGCAAAAUAUGCGCGUGUGUGUGUAGGAUUACCGUAAAAAGAUCCAUUCAUAUUUUCAAAAUAGAGUUAUUGUAUCGAAUAUUUUUUAAUAAUUUUUAAAUUAUAAUACUUCGAAGUAAAUUAUUUCACUGUUAGAGCUUCUAGUCAAAGCCUCGAAUGAUUGAAAUCGACUUGAAAAUUGUGCAGCCACAGCGCCAAUUCCUCUAUUGGAUCAUACUCUAUGCACAUGCGAGAAGAUCGACUUUCAGGAUAACUUUGAAUGAGUGCCGGAUCUUUAGAAAAAUUUAUAGAGAAAUCUGCUAAACGUACAUUGUCGGAAGUCAAUGAGUAAGUCAAUAAACGUAACGAGUGAUGUGUAGCAAUCGAUUAUAUGUUAACGCGUGCAUUAAAUGUGGAUGCGAGGAAGCACUUUCGAUGUACAAUAUUUCAAAGGCUUUGCAAGCACCGAUCGGCCAAAAACUUCUAACUCUUUUCGUCUAUGUGUAUACAAAUAUUUCGAUUUUAGUCGUCACGUGCACGCGUGCGGCACGUGUGCAUAUAUACGAUACAGAAAAUUAUAUUACCUGUACAAAGCAACAGAGAAACAAUUUUUACCGAAAACAGAGUUUAAUAUAUUCUAUGAAUAAAGCUUUAUAAAUAUGAUAUAUAUUAAUAUUAUAUAUAUAUAUAUAUAUAUAUAUACAAAUUAUAUAUACAUAUAUAUUUUAUGAACGAAUCCAAUGUUCAACGAUGAAAGAAAUCGCGUCGUUAUCUGUUACGAUACAUUUAUCGCUAUCACGAUUCUCAUUAUCACGAUCUAUUCAUUUACUUCCCAUGCGAGAGUUAUAUGCGUCUGAAUAUCGUGUACUUGGCGUCUAUAUUUAUCCAGAGAGUCCAUAUAUAUAUUAACAAAGAUAUAUAUAUAUAUAUAUAUACACAAAUAUAUAUUCUAUUAGCUAUGCGAUGUCGAAUUUACGUGUGCGCAUAACAUGUACAACGCCACGUAGUUGAUGUAACACGCAAUGCUAUAGUUUCGAAUGGAUGUUGUCCGACAAUAAGAAAUAAAUACUUGUGAAC